AUGCAACGGCAGGAAACGACAAUAGCAACGUGGACAGUGCGACUGCUGCAGGCCCAGGGCGUGUCACAGCUGAUUGCCUCUGGUAACCGGGCAGCGCUGGCACCGCCGGCGCUGCUGGACGCGGAUGGUCAGAAGGCCAGAAGCGAAGGGACACCGCGCUUCUCCGCUUCUCCCAGCUCACCGCCUGAGAGACAGCCCCGCCAGCCAAUUGGCCGCGUUACCGUCACUCUCGGGCCUCAAGGGCAUUACAUCCUCGCGCAUCCUGAGCGACAGCCCGGAGCCGAACGCCCCAAACCUCCUAGGCGACGACUCUCCCAAGGGAACCUAAGUGACGAUUCCGAGGCGUCCUCGACCCACACUCGCCCGCCCUCGCCCCACCAGCAGACGACCACCUCUACUUCGAAAUCGGACACACCUGAACAACACCCAGCCCUUCGCAUCUCAAGGCAGUCCCAUAGCGCCAUCUUGUAUGCGCUCGAGCAGACUCUUCGCGGCCCCAAACAGCUGACCGACGACCUCGUCGAGCUAUACGCCCCGAUGUCCGACCUGAUGGGAGGAAGAGGCGGCCCCGCCACCACGAACGGGAAUGGCGCCUCGUCCGUACGACCUACCACUGCACGAGCGGCCGUCGGUUCCCCUUCGGGAAUUAGAGGCCCCCGGGUGAUUAUGCAGGAAAGAGCUGCGCGAGAAGCCGCGCGAGAGGCCAGACAGCGUGAGGAGCAAGAGCGGGAGCGGUUGGAGCGUGAGCACGCCGCGAACGAGGCACGUCGGCAAGAGGAGGCAGUCCGGAGAGAAGCAGAGCGAAAAGACGCGGAGCAACGAGCUGCUGCGGCGACUGCAGCUGCCGCUGGCGCUGGUAUCUACGAAUCCGGUGUUGAACCCUCCACUCCGCGGCGGCCCGCGCAGCCUACUACCUCGGGUCGCAUACCCGGAGAUAAUGAUGCUCGCGCAUCGAUACCCCCUAGAGCCACCUCUCAGGCCCAAGCCUCGCAGCAACCUCGGCAGGCCCGACCUGCCGUCUCGGCCACACAGGGCGCCCCGGGUCCGUCGACAUCCGGCCCGGGAAUGGCGGGUCCUUCUGGCACACAACCCCAACCAGGCGAAAGCUCGACGGCCAUCGGACGGGGUAGAAACUCAUUCCCCCACGCAUUUGAGCGUUGGGAAACCCUGUCCGCCCAUUGGGAAGGCUUAACAAGUUUUUGGAUUCGCCGAUUAGAGCAGAGCGCGCAUGAGAUAAGCCAGGAUCCUAUCUCCGCACAGCUGUCUCGGCAGGUUACGGAUCUUUCUUCUGCCGGCGCCAAUCUGUUCCACGCCGUGGUUGAGCUCCAGCGCCUGCGCGCUUCGUCGGAGCGCAAGUUCCAGCGCUGGUUUUUCGAGACCCGGGCCGAGAUAGAACGUUCGCAAGAAAUUACGGCGAUGCUUGAGGCGGCCCUCGAAGAGGAGAGACGAAGCCGGGCAGACGCGAUCCGCGAAGCCGUCGAGCACGAGCAAGGCACCUCCAAGAUGCAGAAGCAGCUAGCUGAGUUGCGCAAGGAGCUGACAAUUUCUAAGGAAGAGGCGCGGCGUGCGUGGGAGGAGCUUGGCCGACGCGAGCAGGAGGAGCGAGAUCGCACCACUUCUCUGCAGCUCGGCCACCCGACCAUCGUCGGCGGGGUCCAAGUCGUUCCGAUGACCCAAAGUCUUGGUCGCGGUAACACGCAGCGAACCACUCGUUCCCAGAGCCAGCAAGAGCCUUCCGACUAUGCCCAACCCCAGCCAUCGCCUGCUGCUGCUCGCUACCAAUUCCCCCAGGUCCCCACAACCCAACCAACCCCGGGACCGGCUGGCGGCAGCACCUCCUUCCAAGCGCCUUCUUCCGUCCAACACCAGCAGAGCUACGGCUCCGAGGGAGCCUACAGUGAAGAAGAGUUCGAGCCGCAAGCGACCCAACCGAACGUCUAUCAACCAACCGGCACCAGCACUCAACAACCACAGUAUUCGACGGCCCCAGACUAUAGCGGUUCGGGUUACACGAUGCCUUGGGAGGACGCGGACAAUCGCCACCACCACCCGACGCGCCUGAGCGACGUGAUCGAGGAAGAGGACGAGCGCAGUCGGACGAGCGCAAGCCAGAGCCAGGUCAGCCGGCCCUGA